AUGAUGCAACUUGGAGUUGUUGAUUUUCUUGCAUUCAGUAGAGUUUGUAAGUCAUGGAGAUCAGUUGCUCUUUCUAAUAGGAACAAGUUUAUAGUGUCCAGACCACCCAUGUCUCUAUCUGUCUCUACUACUGAUGCUAAUGAGAAACAAUACUACCUAAACGACUUUGAAGGAAGAAAUGAGAAAUUUGAAGACUUCUUGCUUGUGAAUCUUAUCACAAGGCAUAAACUUUAUUUCCCUGUUAUCCGCAUUAAAGCCUUAUUAUAUCAUGGUUAUGAAGCUAUUAGGGCCAUCCUUGUCUUUUCAUCUUCAAUACCUGGAUGUGUGUUUGUUUUGUCCAUUAGAGGCUAUAGUAAAAUUUGGUUUUCUAUAGAUGGUAAACGAGAAUGGACUUAUGUCUCCACGCAUUUCGACAUUCUUGAUUUAUGUGCUUUCAAAGGGAAGAUAUAUACCCUACACUCUGUUUAUCCAGCUCAAGUGAGGCUAUCUGAAAUCAGACUCUAUCCAGAGCCUAAAGUGGUGUUAUUUGAAUCUGAGAGUUUUCAGAAGCCAGAUUUCAUGUUUCCGGGGUUUCUCAGUUCUGGCGAAAACUUUUAUGUGAUGGAUAGGAUUUCAAUACAUCCGUACAAGAUUCAUGAAAUAGAUCUUGACACUCGAUCAUUAUAUAGGAAAUAUGUUGUUACAGAUGAAAGUGAAAAAGACAAGCUCUUUGAUGCCGCCAGAAUGCAGUACGUUUUCCAUGAUUGUUUGAAUGUUAAUCUCUUACACGAGUGA